UGUUUAUCCAGGAGCAUGUCCUAUACUUUGAUGGAAUCCUGUGUCGUCUUUCGUUAUAACCAGGUGAAAUGAGUAGGUUGACAAGAUCAGUGCAAGUGGCUUAUAAUCGCUGGAAAGACUCCAGUUUCAGUUUUGGGAAAUUUCGGAAAAGUGAUAAAAGCAUUCUUAAAUCUGAAAAUAAUGAGCCUAAUGAUGAAGGAGCUUGUGCUGAUCUGGAGCAAGAGGAUUUGGGAAACAGGACGACCAGAAGCUCUGAAAACUCAGAAAUCUUCACUGUUGAGGAAGCAGUUGAGGCUAUUGGUUUUGGAAGAUUUCAAUGGAAGCUCACUUUGUUAACUGGAAUUGCAUGGAUGGUGGAUGCUAUGGAAAUGGUGCUCAUAAGUGUUCUUUCUCCUCAACUGCACUGUGAAUGGAGGCUCCUGAGCUGGAAGAAGGCUUUCAUAGCAGUGGUAGUGUUCUCUGGGAUGAUGCUCAGUUCCACGUUUUGGGGAAACAUUUCAGACAAAUAUGGCCGAAAAGUGUGUUUAACACUGUGCAUGCUGUGGACACUUUACUUUGGGUUACUCAGUGCUUUUGCACCUGUUUACGGCUGGAUGUUGGUGUUGCAAGGCCUUGUGGGAUUUGGGCUAGGAGGAGCCCCUCAGUCAGUGACUUUAUAUACUGAAUUCCUCCCAGUGAAAUCCAGAGGGACGGCCAUAGUACUGUUAGGGGUGUUCUGGGCUGUGGGCGCUGUGUUUGAGGUGGUUCUGGCUUUACUGGUCAUGCCCACAUUAGGCUGGAAAUGGCUGCUGGCUUUCUCCAACCUUCCUCUGCUUGUGUUUGCUGCCUCCUGCUGUUGGUUACCAGAGAGCGCCAGAUUUGAUGUACUGAGAGGGCGAAGCGACAAGGCCCUGAACACUCUGAUACGCAUCGCAGCAGAUAAUAAGAGCUCAGUGCCUGCAGGAAGACUCAUAGCAAACACACAGACUGAACGUGGGAGAAUUAAAGAUCUGUUUAUUCCAGAAUACCGCAGGACGACACUUUUAGUUUGGUGUAUCUGGUUUUUCAGUGCUUUUUUAUAUUAUGGUCUUGUGCUGCUGACCACUGAGCUGUUCCAAGCAGGAUCUGCAUGUGGUGUCACUGAAAACUCAAACAUGGAGCAUCAGUGCAGUUUGAUGUGCCAAUAUCUGACUAUUAAUGAUUAUUUGGACCUCCUGUGGACCACCUUUGCUGAAUUUCCAGGUCUCCUGGUAGCACUGUGGAUGGUUAAUAGAACUAGCCGGAGAAAAAGCAUGGUGAUUUGUUUUUCACUAUUCACUGUGUGUAUUUUACCACUAUACGCCUGCACACACAGGAUAGUUCUCACAGUCUUUAUUUUCAUUGCUCGAACCAGUAUCAAUGGAGGCUGGCAGAUUGCAUAUGUUUAUACACCUGAGGUUUUCCCCACAGCAAUCCGGGCAAUUGGCAUUGGUACAAGCAGCGGGAUGUCUCGUGUUGGAGCUCUCGUCACACCAUUUAUCGCUCAGGUCCUUCUGAAGUCAUCGGUUUACCUGACUCUGUCUGUGUAUUUAAUAUUUAGCUUGCUGGGCACAGCAGCAUGCUGGGCUUUACCCAUGGAAACAGAAGGUCGGAGCCUACAGGAAUCAACACAGCGCUCCACGGAACAAAAACACACAGAAAAAACACAUGACUCUGAGACUGCCGAAUCAUCCAGAAACACAGCACAUGGGGAAUAAGCAGACGUUUAACAACACAGAAAACUGAAAAUAUGUCAGGAUUACCAAAGCUAUAUGAUCUUGCCGUUCUAAAUAUUCAAAAAUCAUGCAACAUAUUAAAAUACUUAGGAUAAUUUAUCCAUAUUAAGUUUUUUUUAUGCUACAUUAACCCCCUGGAUUUGUUUGUUCAUUUUUGAUAGAAGAAAAGAAAGUCUCAUUUAAGUUUCAAGUGUAUAAACAUCACUACUUCACUGAAAGGCUACAAAACUGUGUGUGUUUUAUUUUAUUUAUUGACUUUUUGGUGUUGCUGUGCUUAAUAAAACUUAAAUAACGAAAAAGCACAAAUGGCCGUAAAGAAACUUUUGUAAUGGCCACUUAUUCUAUCAACCAGCCAUGAGCACACAGCAUUUAAAGGGUUGACUCUACAAAACAUCAAGAGUUUGCCAUAAAUGCACACAGACACACACACAAACUAAGAGUUUGAGACUUGUUUACUAGAAUGUUGAGCCUGAAGACCCUACUAAGAGGAUGAAAUCACAUCGUAGCAACAGGAAUUUAGUUCUAAUAAAGCAUUCCUGCUCAUUUUUGUUGAAUUC